CCGGCCGAGUGGUAGUAUUUGUAUAUUAUAUUAUAUACAUGCGGGACUCUGCUCUGCUGCAGCUCUCUCUCUCUCUCUCUCUCUCGAUCUUCUUUUCUCCGUAGGUUAUUGAGGUAUUGUAUACCUAUACUCGCGUCUCGCGCUCUUCUCUGCUCUCUCUCUCUCUCUCUCGUUUUCCAUCGCUGCAUCCUCGCCGAGGCACCCUCUUGUGCAGCAGCUGUACUCUGCUUUGAGAGCAUUGGUACAUGUAUACCUUUAUAAAUACAUAUACACACGGGCAAGGCAAUCGAGGCUUCCUUUGUGCACUUGUACCCUAUACGUAUAAUACAGUGUAUAAGGUAUUAAGCGUCGCCGCACCACCGAUGCGACUAGUGUCCUGAUCGAGUCGCGAUCGAGGUGCUUCCGCUUGACAGCCCCCGCCACCUACGUCGCCACCACCUCUCCACCGCCAACCGCAACGUGCAUACGUAUAUAUAUAUUAUAUACACGUGCAUUGGGCUCGCGCUCCUUGGACACUGUUUGUUUGGACACUGCAGCUGAUGGCUACUACAUCUUCAGCUCGCGGCCACUUCAAGUAACGAUAGGUGGCUACGCGCGCAUUGUUACCCCAACGGCAAAGAUCCACGUGCAUCGGGUCCAAGUUACAUCAACUGCGCGACAUCCUCUCGAGUGAGUACUACAUCUUGCACCGGUGGACAAGAAGAGGCCCUUCUAUUGCCUCGCCAAAGGACGACUGUCGUCACGCACACCGACACGGGAUCAUCAUCAUCGAGGCAAUGUUCACGGACGGCAAUUGGCUGGAGGUGGUCGCCACGGUGCUCCUCACGCUCGCUGUGGUCCUGACGAACUGCAAGCCGCUCGUGAAGUUCUGGAGCUGCAAGAAGUGGCCGAUGGGAGCGCCGAGUAAGCCGCAGCUUUUAGCUACCAUUGGCACGACAGGCUCGAUCAACGAGGGCGCCAAGGAGGAGGACGCGAGGCCGAAGAAGGUGAAAAAAAAACUCCUCACGGUCCGGGACGUGCCCGGGCCAAUGGCCCUACCGAUCAUCGGCACUUCGUGGAUGUUCUUUGGCUUCUGCGGCAGUUACAGCAUCGAAAACGCCCACCAAGCCUACAGAGAUAUGAGGAGUCGCUACGGGCAAGUGUGCAAGCAGGAAUCGUACUGGAACCACCCGAUAGUGUCGUUGUACGAGCGGCGGGACAUCGAGGCGAUACUCAAGCGGCCCGUCAAGUAUCCCAUGAGACCGGCGCAGGAGGUCAUCUCGUACUACCGGCAAUCGAGGCAGGAUCGCUACGCCACCCUCGGACUCGUCAACGAGCAGGGAGUUACGUGGCAGAAAUUGCGGGCUACCCUGACGCCGGAACUAAUGGGGGCUAAAACCAUCCUAGGUUUCUUUCCCGCGCUCAACGGCGUGACCGACGACUUGAUCGAUCUGAUACGAAGCCGUAGAGCCGUCGGCACGGCCGCCGUGCACGGGUUCGAGGAGCUCGCCUACAGGAUGGGCCUUGAAAGCACCUGCAUGCUGAUGCUCGGCAGGCACUUGGGCUUCCUAAAGCCCGAAUCCGUCGGCUCGCUCAUCGGCAAACUGGCGGAUGCGGUCAGGGAACACUUUUUGGCCUCGAGAGACGCCUUCUACGGCUUCCCCACGUGGAAGCUGUACGCCACUUCCGCCUACAAGAAUCUCACGAAAAGCGAGGAGGCCAUUUACAACAUAAUAUCGGAGCUGAUAGAGGCGACGAUAAACGAGCACCACGAGAGCGCGAGCGACGAGGACAUCGAGGCGGUCUUCCUCUCGAUCCUCAGGGAAAAGAGCCUCGACAUUCGGGAAAAGCGGGCCGCCAUCGUCGACUUUAUCGCCGCGGGCAUCCACACGGUGGGCAACACGCUGGUCUUCCUCCUUCACACGCUCGGCCGGAAUCCCCGGGUCCAGCGACACCUGCGCCGCGAGGCCGACUCCCUAGCGCCGCCGCGCUGCGACAUCGGCAUAGACGACCUCAAGGACGCCAAGUACAUCCGGGCUUUCAUCGCCGAGGUGUUCAGGUUACUUCCGACGGCUCCGUGCAUAGCUCGGGUACUCGAGGAGCCCAUAGAUCUCGCCAACUACCAUCUCGGUCAAGGGACGGUGGUGCUCCUGCAGACGUGGAUCGCCGGGCUCGACGAGGCAAACUUCAAAGACGCCGAUCAGUGUAUACCGGAACGUUGGCUCGAGCCGGACAAGUACGAGCCCCACGCCCCGCUGCUGGUCGCGCCUUUCGGCUUCGGCCGGCGCAUCUGUCCCGGCAAGCGGUUCGUCGAACAGGCCCUGCAGCUCAUCGUCGCCAAGACCGCGCGGGAGUUUGACAUAGUCGCGGACGAGGAGCUCGGGUUGCAGUUUGAGUACAUAAUGGCCCCGAAGGGUCCGGUGACGAUUUCGUUCCACGAUCGAGUCGACGCUACGUAAGUGGUCGUGCUUGAUCCGCAUAGAGAGAGAGUGCUACGAAGAAGAGGAGGCGAAGUAAAGAAGAAAGCGAGAGAGAGCGAGAGUCUGAAAUUAUCAAUACCACCCGAAUAGCACUCGAUUGUUGAUAAUUAUCUACUUUAUACGUAUACAUAUACAUAUAAUAUAAUAUAUAGUUUAUGUUUAACGAGAGGCAAAUGUCGGUCGAUGUUUACUCGUCAACUUGGAUUUUCUCCGCGUAUUAUUUAUCUUCUUGUUUUUGCAAUUUUAGCUCGUUUUUUUCUUUUUUUUUUUCUUCUUUUUUAAUCGCAUCGUCCUGUUUACAUUGUCCGCGUCUCGAGUCUUGCGAUGCUUAUAUUUAUACACCGUUUAUUUAUCAGAUCACUUUUUUUCUUUUAUUUUACCAUAUAUGUAGCUCAAGUGUUUGAAAAAAACUGCGCGGAUACGCAGAAAGAUUUUUUAAUUUAAUUUUGUUUAUCUUCAGGGAGCCAUGGAAAAAAAACUAUGUUGAAUCGCUCUUUUACGUAAGACCGCGCUUGUACGUCUCGUUACUAAUUGUUAUUAUUUUUUGUUUUUCUUUUUUAAUUUUACUCUCGUCAGUUAUUAUACGGUUUACGAUAAGUCGUUAUAGUGUGUAAUGUGAAAAUAGUACGAUGCCACUUUACUACCCAACUUAUAAUAUUUUAAUCCAUCAAUCCCGAAUGGAAAGCAUUGCAUGCAUCGUUUACUGUACUGUUUAUUAAACAACUCAUUUUUGUACGUUAUAUACACGAAUACUUAUUUGUCUUGGAGUCAAUAGGUCGCACCUACUGUACAGUAAUUAACUCGUUGAUAAAAGACUAUACGUGUCAUGUUGAUAGGUCAGCUGCAAAAUGUUGCACCCAACGUGUACAGUCUAACUUUUAGAGUAAGUGUAGUAUGUGAUGUAUUAUAUUUUUGUACAAGACGUGCAAUAUGAUUCUUUGUUUUUUUUUUCUUCUGUUUUAUUAAAAAUUAUCGCAUGUAUGCAUACCAAUUAAACCAUUUGUUGUGAAACUGUUGAAUGAAAAAAAAGAAAAAGAAAAAAAAAAAUUAUGCAGUUACUCCGUGGAUCUCUUAUAUUAUUUAUUUUUUUUAUAAAUACUGUCCGAUCGUUCUGCAUGUAUAUUCAUUAUAACUGAUACCGUAAAUGAAAAAUUUUAUUUUUAAGUGAACUACAGUAAUUUGUUAAUUAUACUUUUUUUAUUCAAUAAGUGUGGAAAAUAAGGUUAUUUCGUUUAAUACAUCAUUAAUGUUUUAUUUCGAAUUCGAUGUGUUAAAGUUAAACUCUACAAUUAGUAGAGUAAAAAGAAAAAAAAAAAUA